CUCCAUUUCCUGGUAACGGGUUAAUGGUGUAGUUUCACGGAAAGGCAAGGUUUAAUCUUUUAACCAUUUAUGCCGUAUUCUUUUACUUAGAUUCUUCUUUUUACGGACUGCUGCCUGCCCAUUUAGUCUAUAUAUACGCAUCUACUCUCCACCCCAUCUCCCACCUCUCGUACCAUCCCCUUAGACUCUCCCCCUUGUUCUCUCUCAGCUUGGGCAGCAGUGCUGCAAUGGCCAUGGCAAAGCUACUUGUUCUGUUAGCCAUUGCCCUCCUUGCCAUUUUGAUGGCUGACUCCAACUCUAAGGUAUUGGCCAAAGGACCUGAUCAUGCUGGAGGAGAAUACCUCUUGGACAAGGCUUCAAACGGACCCGGAAGCCUCAAAAGCUCCCAAUGCCCCUCUCAAUGCUCAAGGAGAUGCUCGAAGACCCAAUACCGCAAGCCAUGCAUGUUCUUCUGCCAGAAAUGCUGCAUGAAGUGCCUCUGCGUGCCCCCAGGUUUCUAUGGGAACAAAAGUGUCUGCCCCUGCUACAACAACUGGAAGACCAAGCGUGGAGGACCCAAGUGCCCCUGAAUUAUAACCUUUGUUUCACAACAACCUAUUUAUAUUGAUGCUUGUUUUGUUUUCUGUAUUAGAUGUGGCAUCUACUGCCCUUAAUUACCCAACCAACCUUGAAACUGGCUGCAAGGCUUGGUAGGAGGCACUCUAUUAUUUGUUUUGAAUCAAGUGGUUAUUCCAAUAUAUAAUCUAAUUCAUACUAUGAACA